CGUAGUAGUAAUUGUUUUUCUCCUCUUAUUCUACUAUUUUUAAUUUAUUAGUAAUAAUUUUAACAUAAACAAUUUUUUCAAAAUUAAUUUGUUUGUCAAUAAUGAGGCAUUUUUCAUCAUCCACCAAAUAGCGCCAAGCGGAAGCGGGAAACAGAACCAACACUAUGGCUGAGCAGCAGCUGGUAAGCAUGGGCUUUUCCGACGACAUCGCCGCCGAAGCGCUGACGGCAACCGGCGGAGAUAUCAUCAAAGCCACCGAAUGGAUUCUCAGUCACAAGGGAUCUCAAGAAAAUUCUUCCAAUUUCAACCCCAUUUCUUCCUCCUCUGGCUCUCCUACUGCCGCCACCCAUGAUCAUCAUCCGUCUCCUCCACCAUUUCAGCCCAAAAUCGAUCGGUUUUUUCAAUUUCAAUCCAAACCCCUUACACCCACUUCGGUUAAACCCAUGGGGGUGGCGAUCCAUGAAGAAGAAGAAGAAGAUAAAGAAGACGAGGUACCUCCAUUACUCCGUUUAACUAAGCGUCCUAAAGUACUAUUCGAAUCUGAACAAGUAAAGAAGCUGCAAAAAAAACGACCCCCUCAUGAGCCUUUGUCUGAACGAAUGCGACCUCGUACACUUGACGAUGUUGUCGGGCAAGAUCACAUUUUGGCGCCAAAAUCACUUCUUCCAUCAGCUAUUGAUUGUGGUCGUCUUCCUUCAAUACUUCUGUGGGGGCCACCGGGUACGGGUAAAACGUCAAUUGCUAGAGCGAUAGUUAAUACUUGUUCUGGUACUGAAGGUGGUGGAAGUACCUAUAGGUUUGUUUCGUUGUCUGCUGUUACUUCGGGUGUUAAGGAUGUUAGAGAUGCUGUUGAUGAAGCGAGACGGAUGAAGAAGAAGGGUAAUAAGAGGACUAUUUUGUUCAUUGAUGAGGUUCAUAGGUUCAAUAAGGCUCAGCAAGAUUCGUUUUUGCCGGUAAUUGAAGAUGGCAGUGUUAUUUUCAUUGGUGCAACUACUGAAAACCCAUCGUUUCAUUUGAUUACGCCGUUGUUGUCCAGGUGUAGAGUUUUGACUCUUAAUCCUUUAAAGCCCCACCAUAUUGCUACGCUGCUUAGACGGGCUGCGGCUGAUUCUGACAAGGGGUUGUCUUGUUUUAUGGGGGAGAUGAUGAAAAUUGAAGUAAAUGAUGAAUGUGUAGAGUUUCUUUCGACGAACUGUGAUGGAGAUGGAAGGGUGGCAUUAAAUGCUUUGGAGAUUUCAGCUACCACUGCUGCUGCGCGUAUGGGAAUGGCAAGAGGAUCAAAAGGGGAGUUAGGGGAUGACAAAGGAAACGCUGAUGAGUCGUCUUUGUCUGCAGUUAUCAGUCUGAAUGAUGUCAAGGAAGCAAUGCAAUGUAAGCAUUUGGCUUAUGACAGAGCAGGGGACGAACACUAUAAUCUUAUUAGCGCGCUUCACAAAUCAAUGAGAGGAAGUGAUGCUAACGCUUCAAUUUAUUGGCUGGCGAGAAUGUUGGAAGGGGGUGAAGAGCCUCUUUACAUAGCACGCAGGCUGGUCAGGUUUGCUAGUGAAGACGUGGGGUUAGCUGAUCCAUCUGCUCUUGGUCAAGCUGUUGCUUGCUAUCAAGCUUGUCAUUUUAUUGGCAUGCCUGAGUGCAAUGUCAUCCUUGCUCAGUGUGUUGCUUAUUUGGCCUUGGCUCCGAAGUCUAUCGCCGUCUAUAGAGCAAUAGGGGCAGCUCAAAAAGUGGUAAGGGAAUCAGUUGGACAAAAUGAAGGAGUGCCACUUCAUCUUAGGAAUGCACCAACUAAGCUAAUGAAGGAUCUUGGUUAUGGGAGGGACUAUAUUUAUACUCCUGACAAUCCAAACUCAUCCCAGACUUACUUGCCGCCAUCUCUUCAAGGUUAUAAGUUUCUUGAUUGGCCAAAUGUUGCAACAAAUGAUCGAUGACGAGGAUUACUUCACAAUGUUAUGGCUUCUGAAAAUAGCUUAUUUUGCUGGUUAGCAUUGUUAUUUCUCUAUUUUAUCUUGAUUUCUCUGGUUAUGGGAAUUGUUAAUGAUCAGAGAAAUCUCUAGUAAUUGAGAGCCUCUUGGUAGUUAUUUUUUGGGGGGUUGUUAGCAGAGGAGGUGGGAAAAACUUACUGGUUUGGAGGGAUUGAAUGAUUCCAAUUUUGGUUGUAGUUUUGUCAGAAUCUAUGUA